AAGUAUGAAUCGUUUUCAAGGAAGCCGGAUCCCCAAAUUCAUUGGAUCCUUGAAAGAGCUGACUUACCUUAAUCUCUCUUAUGCAAUGUUUUCUGGUAUUAUACCUCAUCACAUUGGAAAUCUUUCCAAUCUAAUAACUCUUGAUCUUAGUUCACACCAUUACAACGAAAAUCUUCUGAUCAUACAUGAUAUGGCCUGGAUUUCUGGCCUUUCGUCACUCGAGCAUCUUAACUUGGGUUGGGUAAAUCUUAGGGGAGCAAAAAACCUUGACAUGGUGCUUUACAUUAUUCCUUUGUUGAAAGAGUUAAGGUUGCGAGGAUGUGGUCUUUCUAAUGUCGAUCUUGGUCCUCUUCGUAAUUCAAGCACUUCACUUUCUAACAUCAAACAUCUGGAUCUUAGUGAGAAUUCAUUUAAAGGUCAACCCCCUCCCUUUAUUCAGAACAUGACAUCCUUACAAUUCCUAGAUCUUUCACUCUUUAAUUUUAGCCUGACAUGGAACUUUGCAACCUUGAUAAGCAUGGUCCCUUCUUUAUUAGAGCUUCAUUUGUCAAGCUGUAACCUUGAGCAGACGUAUCUAUCUCAUUCUCAUCCUAAUUUCACAACACUUUCGAACAUCCAACACUUGGAUCUUAGCCACAAUUUCUUCCCAGGGAGUUUCCCAUCCAUUUUUGCAAAUAUGACUUCCCUACGAGUCCUUGACCUUUCUGCGAGCUCUUUGAACGCAUCGGUUCCUGUUAUGCCUAACCUUUUAGAGCUUGACCUUUCUGAAAAUGACUUUAAGAAAUUUGAGGAUGUGGGAAUAUGGAGACAGUGUCAUUUGAAAAAAGUGAGUGUGAACAACAAUGCGUUCGAUAUGGAAUUGACUGACUCAACAACCAACAUAUCAGAAUGCUCCCAAUAUGCUUUGGAAAUGUUGGUUUUACAACUUAGUUUAAAUGGUACAUUUCCCAAAUCCCUAGGAAGAAUGGCCAAUUUAAGACACUUAGAUCUAUCUCGUAACUUUUUAACGGGCAUAAUUCCAGAAUCUCUAGGAAGAUUACCAUUGUUACGAAUAUUAGAUCUAUCUCGUAACAAGUUAACCGGUCCCAUUCCGACAUUCCUUGGGAAACUUACCAAACUUGACCUUUCUUCUAAUAACCUCAACGGUUCAAUUCCAAAAUCAUUUGGAAGAUUAGCAACAUUAAUGUAUUUGUUUCUACAGAACAAUCAGUUAACAGGCCCCAUCCCAGCAUCUAUAGAAAGACUUGUUUCAUUAGAGUCUUUUUUGGUUUCUUCAAAUUUCUUAAGUGGGGCUAUUCCGGUUUCAAUUGGGCAACUCUCUAAACUCCGUUCUCUUGAUGUCUCUAUUAAUUCUUUGGAGGGAGUUGUUUCUGAAUCCCAUUUUCAUAACCUCUCUAUGCUGAAGUCCUUGAAUGUUGCUUUGAACAGUAAGUUGACAUUCAGUAUUUCGUGUGAGUGGCUGCCCCCAUUCCAGUUGUUAGCCAUUGAUCUCAGUUCUUGCAAUAUUGCAAACAGAUUUCCACAAUGGCUUCGAAACCAAAGGAAACUUAGAUAUUUAGGGCUGUCUAAUGCUAGCAUUUCAGGACCCCUGCCCACAUGGUUGCGAAAGAUGCCCAUCAUUCCAAUCAUUAAUCUCUCUCACAACAACCUGAGCGGACGUAUGACUAACCUUCCUAGUGGGGGGACUGAUCUUGGUAUUGGUUAUUCAAUGUUAUCUUUGCAACAUAACCUUUUCAAUGAGUCGAUUCCAAGGUCACUGUGCAAGAGGAAACAUUUAUAUGAACUUGAUCUUUCCUAUAAUAGGUUAACUGGGAAAAUUCCUAACUGUCUUAAGAAUCUUCAGAAGUUGUUUGUCAUGAUAUUAAGUUCAAAUGAGCUGAGUGGCGUCAUUCCAAGUUUUAUCGGGAAUAUUUCAUCAUUGAUGUGGUUAAAAUUGAAUGAUAAUAACUUUAGUGGUGAGUUUCCUACAGAAUUUGGGAAUUUAAGUCAGUUAGAGGCCUUAGAUUUGGCUGAUAAUGCAUUUUGCGGAAAAAUACCAGAAUUGAUUGGAGAAAAGUUUAAAUCAUUGAGGGUUUUCAGGCUACACAAAAAUAACUUCACUGGAGGAAUUCCUCGAUCUCUGUGCAAAAAUGUACAUCUUCAAAUUUUAGAUGUCGCACACAACAACUUAACAGGAACCAUUCCUCAUUGUCUAGGAAAACUGAAAGGCAUGGCUUACAAUAAUGAGCCUAUGCCAUAUCCCGAUGAUACAGAGGAGGGGGUGAUUCAGGUAGUUAAUGGUGCUGCUCUUGAAUAUACGAAAACAUGGCAAUUGGUCAUGAACAUGGACCUGUCAAGCAAUAAACUUGUCGGAGAAAUACCUGUAGAGUUAACUGCACUUUAUGGAUUAGUGGGUCUCAAUUUGUCCAAUAAUCAUCUUAGUGGAGGCAUUCCAGAUAACAUUGGAAACAUGGCAGCGUUAAUUUCUCUCGAUUUAUCCGGAAACGAGUUGGACGGGCAGAUCCCCCCAAGCAUUGCAGCUUUGAAUUUUUUGAGCCAUUUGAAUCUGUCAAAUAACAACUUGUCUGGGCGAAUUCCAACAGGAAGUCAACUGCAAACCCUCAUCGAUCCAUCAAUAUAUGCAGGGAACAAAGAUCUAUGUGGAGCUCCAUUGCCAAAGAAUUGUUCAAUUCAUGAAGACCCAACCGCAAUAGCCAAAAGAAAAUAUGAAGCAACUGAUGAGCCAAACAAGGUAUGGUUUUAUAUGGACAUAACAUGUGGUUUUGCAACAGGGUUUUGGGGUGUUAUUGUGGUUUUGAUGUUGAAGAAGCAGUGGAGACAUAAGCUUUUCAUCUUUGCUGAGGAGACCAGGGUCAAAAUACACGUUGCACUCUUGGUAAGAGUUAAUAAGUUGAAGCCAUAUAGAUCACUCGGAUGCAAGUAAUUCGCAUAUUUAUCAUCAUUGCCUGCUUUUCAUUAUAGUAUUGCUUUUAUGAUUUUAUAUUUGUAAGGCAUAUAUGUGUUAUAUGACAUGUAUGUGUAUACUUAUAUAUUUGCUAUGUACUUCUUAUCUUACGGUAUAUGUUUGAUUUUAAUUGUUUCCACUAGUAUUAAAUAAAUAUGCUAAUAUGAUCAUUACUUAAGAGACUUUUUUACUCA